AUGAACUCUAGUCAGUUAGAAUUUACUAUUCAAAAAUUUGAUGAAGAUUUUUCUAAUUCAUUUAAUCCUAUUUCUGAGCCUCACAAUAAAUGGCUAGAAGAAAUCAAUAAUAACAAAUUAUCAAUUGAGGAAAUUGUUGAUAUUUCAAAUCCAGCAUUUAUUGGAAGCAAUAAUUCAUUUAUUG